GCAUGGCCGCGACGGCCUCGAGGAAUCGCCACGCGCUCGUGUGGGGCGCGACCUCGAUACGGACGUCAGCGGGUGCAGCAUGUGGGCCUUGGUCGCCGCGCUGCCGUGCUUCCGCGCGAGCGUCUGGCGGAAGGCUGCACGCAUGCAGUGCUUCCCGUACGCGUCGGCCUUCAGAGCCUCGGGCCUUCCACGUUCGGAUCCCAGUCCUCUCGUUUUCUGGCGGGCUGUCCCCCUCACCUCUGCUGUCUGCGCAGACUCUUGCAUGACGUUUUUUGCAAUGCAAGGCUGA